UGCAGGCAAUCAUCGCACGGGGGGAGCAGGCAGGCAGCGGCAGCCGCACCGCGGUAGCAGGACUGACUCCCUGACAAGUAUUGGACAUAGCGGCUGGUGAGGAUGCGUGUAGGUGAGAAAGCUUCUCUCUUGCUUUAGCAGGGAAUUGGAGAAACGAGUGGUUGUAUACGUGCUCUGGUGCUUAUAGACAAAGGGAGCAAAUAGGCGGAAAUAUUCGGGGAUGUUAUAAAAUCUGAAAGGACUUUCUGUACAGCGUGGCGGUGCACGACAGGAAAUUAACUCCAAAAAGAAUGCUUUCUCUCAAAGUGCUGCGACAGAAUUGAACAUUUGGCUUUUCUAGUAUCUGAAAUUCCUCCCGAAGACACGGCAAGGACUAUCAGAAACAUCAGAGAGAUCCUGGUACUUUUAAAGAGACUUAAAGCAAAUGCCAGCUGAAUGACCUUGGAGAUGAUUUUAUGUGGAUUCAUUAAUUUUCACUGCUGGUCUUCUAGUCUCAGGAACUCUAGGAUUAAUGAUGGUUUUAACAUUUUAGGGGCCUUUGAAAAAACAAGAUUGUAUACAUUUAAUUACCUGCCUAAUGAUUCCUGAACUAAUCAAGCAUUUACUUAAAACUGAACAGAGAAGAUGCUUUUAAUGUUUUCUCUCUCCAUAGCUGAGAAAAAAAUGAACAAGGUAAUGUCCUGCAAAUAGAAGAACAAUUUUUUAAAGCAGCUAUUUAUUAUGCAGAUCAUCUAAUAAAUAUAGAAACCUUAAACCCCUGAGAAGAGGAAGCUGAGCAACAGAAUAAUGGAGUAGUAAACAAUGGCAGCUUUUCUAGUCAAAUCAGCAUUUCAUUAGCUUCCCAGCAGAAUGCAGAUGGAAGUUUUUGAGCUCAUUGUGUGGGGUUUUGUGAAAUGAUUCAGUUGUUGCUACAGAGCCAAGGUGUGCCAGAGGUGAUGCACUGAUGCUGAGGAGGCAUCAACAGCUAUGGGACUCUAAUCCUCUCCCAUGUAAGCACUGGCAGUGUCUGCAAGGAGAGACCGUGAGACGCUGAAGCAGAGUUUAGCUGCUGUUCAGCAGGUCACCUGCUCACUAAGGCUCAGAUUGCACUGUUCCCUAAGCACAAAACAUGAACCAGUCCCGAUGGAUUGAAUGGAGGACUCUGAAUAUGAGCAGUAGUGUUAUGAACAUAUCUGAGCACCUCUCCUGCCCUCUUGGAUUUGGUCACUACAAUGCAGUUGACAUCUGUAUCCUUGAGACAGUCGUUAUUGUCUUGCUAACAUUUUUAAUUAUUGCGGGUAACUUAACUGUGAUAUUUGUUUUCCACUGCGCUCCACUCCUGCAUCAUUACACCACCAGCUAUUUUAUCCAGACCAUGGCCUAUGCUGAUCUUUUUGUUGGAGUCAGCUGCUUGGUUCCCACUUUGUCACUGCUCCACUACUCAACAGGUGUCCACGAGUCCUUGACUUGUCAAGUUUUUGGAUACAUCAUCUCUGUGCUCAAAAGCGUAUCUAUGGCAUGUCUUGCUUGCAUCAGUGUGGAUCGUUAUCUCGCUAUUACCAAGCCUCUCUCCUAUAACCAACUGGUCACUCCUUGUCGCUUGAGAAUCUGCAUCAGUCUCAUCUGGAUAUACUCUUGCCUGAUCUUCUUGCCUUCUUUUUUCGGUUGGGGAAAACCUGGUUACCAUGGAGAUAUUUUUGAAUGGUGUGCUACCUCCUGGCUAACUAAUGCCUACUUUACUGGCUUUAUCGUGUGCUUACUAUACGCUCCUGCUGCCUUUGUCAUAUGUUUCACCUAUUUCCACAUCUUUAAAAUUUGCCGGCAGCACACCAAAGAGAUCAGUGACCGCAGAGCUCGAUUUCCUAACCACGAAGGGGACGCUGCUGGGGAGGCCGGGCACAGCCCUGACCGCCGCUAUGCCAUGGUUUUGUUCCGGAUAACCAGCGUGUUCUACGUGCUCUGGCUCCCUUAUAUCAUAUACUUUCUGCUGGAGAGCUCCAGGGUCUUGGAAAACCCAGCGCUCUCCUUCCUAACUACGUGGCUUGCUAUAAGCAAUAGUUUCUGCAACUGUGUGAUAUAUAGCCUCUCCAACAGCGUUUUCAGGCUGGGACUACGGAGACUGUCAGAGACAAUAUGUUCAUCUUGUGUGUGUUUAAAAGACAGGGAUGUACGGGACCCUAAGCCAAGGAAACGGGCUAAUUCGUGCUCCAUUUAAAGAAAACUGGUGCAUGUAAUCAAAUGCUGAGUUUUGGUAGUAUUUGUGGUAUCUGGAAACUUGCCAGAGAGAAAUGUUUACUUGAACAGCUUGCCAUGGUGUUAGAGUGAAUUUAAAAGGGAUCCUGGAAAAGGCAAAGGCAGCUGUAAGAAGGGUCACUGAACUCCUGUGAAAUUGUCAGGAGAACAAUUCAACAGAGAUGAUGAAGAAAGUCAGAAAUAAAAAUCUUCUAAAGGGCAUGAAGUAACUAGCACAUCAGAGGAGGUUCCUCGUAAAACAAAUUAGUUAGUUACUACCUUAUAUUUUCCCCUCAUAGACAAGUUGUCUUUGUGUCAGAGUAUACUGUAGCCUUCAGAAUUUUAAAGCAUUUAAGAGGAAGCAAUCAACACCACAGUAUGCAGCUAUCCAUAAAUUAUAUACCUGAGGACUGUAGUAGAUACUGCAGGUAAUAAUCAGCUCUAUCUUUGCUCACAUAUUGUACAAUUUUCUGUUGUACAAAAGAAUCUGCAGUGCAUAAACCCUACCCUGAGCAUGAUGCUUUGGGAUAAACUGGCACCUUGUGGUACAACUUAGACAGAAGCUCUCCCUCUCAUUUCCCCUGUUUUCCCAUGCUGUGCAUCCCUCUGUUCCAUUGUGUGCAGGUGGGUGAGUUUGAGGGCACCUGUGAGGUUACCUGAGUUCCAAACCAUUCUUUCUGCAGGAAGCAAUGGCCCUCCCUGGCUGGCUGCAGCUGCCCAUGUACAGUGAUUUCUCCAGUCGUUCACUCUCUUGACCCACUUAAGUCAGCACACAGUGUCGGUGUAGAGGCCUUUAGGGUGUACUGAAGUUUUUCCUUACUGGUUCCACAGGUGCUCCUAAUGCAGAUAUGGUAAUGGCACACAGCAGUGUGCAGCACUACUUAGAAAAUUAAAAAAUAAUUGACCCUUUUCUGUGGGAAAUCUAAAGAGCUUACUGUUGUAGCUGUCAGUCUGUUGUGUGAACCUCAUUUGCACAUACCGUAUUUUUUUUAAGAGAAAACGUAAAUUGUGGUCUGUGCCUAAUGUUUUCAUAGCACAUGGAGUAGUCAAUGCUACAGGAUCAAAAAAUUUACACUUGCUUUAAGAGAAAUGCUUCUCUGCAGCUCUUUGUUAGACGAGUGUUCUCAGAGGAGGUAAACAAGACAGUUUGGUGUUAAAUACAGGCUGAGAGCUUUGGUAUGUCCUUUUGUACUGAACUGACUUUCAGGUCCACUGAUGAAAUCUUUUUGAUUUUGCAAGGGCACACAUAAGGUUUGUGUAAUAAAUUGCCAGGGGUUCAGAUGCAUGCCAGUCAAUACAAUAUUUAAAUUAUAACUUUGAACCAAAUGUAAUUUUCUUAGAUGGUUAUUGGCUUUUAAAAAAAGGCCCAAUUAUUGAUUAUUGGUGCCUUUUAACACUGCACUAUUAUUCCUUCUUUCACCAAAAUGCGUAUGUAAAGAUUGUGCCUAUUACUUUUUGUAAUGAAAGCUGACCACGUGUGCACACUUGUGGUUUGACUCUAGAGCUCCCUUAAUACUGUACUCUUUGUUCUGUUGAGGUGGUUCUGAACCCCUAUACAUUUUUUUAAAACCUGUAAGAAAGUUGAAACAAUGGAAUAAAGCAGUAUUAUGUCAAUCAAACUCAGCCUUGGCGUUAGUUCCCUGAUGUUACGCUUUGUUCUCUGGGAGAGUCCUUUUGGGUUAGGACUUGAGUGAACAAUUUCAAAUUCAAAUUUCAAAGCUGCUUACUUAAUAUCUUAAAUGGUUGUAUUCUGUUUUCAGGCAUUGUACAUCUUCAAAGUAGAUUCAAACAUGACUUGAAACAUUCCUUGAGCUGAGCUGUUGGUGACACCCAGCUCUCACAGAUAUUAGGGAAAAAUUAGUAGUGUCCUCUGCAUGGAUCUCAUAAUGCUCCAUGUCUACAGGAAUGUAUUUGCUGACUUCUUCUGACAAGUUCAUGUUUAUUUCAGGAGGCUCUUUUGGCUCACUACUGCUCUGUAUGGUUGUAUAACUCCAACUCUUCCUACAAACAUAACUUGGAUUCAUUUUAUUUUGUCAUUUUUGUCGGUUUUUUUCCAAGCAAGGCUUAGACAAGGAGCAAUGAAAUAUCUUAUUUCUCAUAUUUCCUAGGGCUGGUUUCUAACCAGUAAAGUAAUUUUAUAUCUGUGGUCCAGUGCUGGCCACUCAGAGCUUCUGAUUUUCAUUGGCGUUUCUGGUGACAAGUUUCUGUGGGACCUCCUGGAAUCCAAGAAAAGUUCUAGCAGGUGCUUAAAGUCAAACUGACAUUGACUGAACCCAGGCUGUGGGCAGCAGACGUGUUGUGACUGUGGUGCUGUAACUCCAGAUGUGUCAAACACCUGAGCAAACUCAUUUGGCUCAGUUGUGCCUUAGUUGAACCCUGUUUGUGUUACCUCAGCAAGCGCAGUUGAUGUGCAGCUACUUCAAGGUUUAUUGCCUGAAAAUGGUGGGUCAGGGGUAGGGCUUGGCCUCAGGGGCUGCACCACAAAGUUUGCUCACCCUGAGAGGCACAGUCAGCAAUAUGUUCCUCUUUGCCAUCAUGUUUAGUCUGUGGAUUUGUCAGGUGGAACUAGAGAUUGCCUUUUUCCUCAGGCUGUUCUUGGAGGGAGAGUAUAUGAAAGAAAUCAAGUACUCUGGAACCAGCUUGUAAGUUCCAGGGUUCUUCACCCUCUUUUAAGAGUUUUUUGGUUUUUUGAACACUGGCUUCAUGUUGUUGGUGCAGGAACACUGAUUUGCUUCCCUAGACUCUGAAUUUCAGCUCCUGUGAAGUCACAUUUCACCCUAUUCUUUAUAAGUCUCCUGGAAUCUGUCGAAUGAAACAUCCUCAGCAGAUUUAAGUAUUGCUUUUCUUCUUUCUGUUUCCCAGGUGACAGGAUUUGACCUGGUCAGUCACAUGAAUCUUUAAAUUUAGUAUGUAUGUUUCAUUUUAUGGAAGUGUUUUCUAAACUCAUGAUUUAAAAUUUUUAUUUGAGGGAGGUUUUGUUACUGUUUACUAAUGCUGUCUGAGGAUUCCAGCUGGUGCCAAAUUCUCUUCCAGAAUUAGAAGGCUGGGCAUUUUAAUGGAUUUAAAAACUCACAGAAAUUCCAGUCACCCAAUCUGUCACUUUUGAUUUUUGUUCUGUCAUUAUAUGAAGCUGCAUCUUCUUGUAGGAAAACGUGAUUAAACAAUGAUAAAUAAUGAUAAAAAAUGAUAAAUAAAGCUGGCUCCCACUUGCAUGUGCCUGGUGAAUAGGAAACCAGACACUCAGUAUAGAAGCCGAUGUGAAAAAAUUAUUGUUGAUAAUACAGGUAAUAAAAAGGAAACAGAUGUAAAAUACUAAACAAAAAACUGAAGCUAUGUGCCUCAUAGAUAAACAAAACAAAUAUAAAUACAUAUACAAAGAACUCCUUUAGGCAGGUAGAUUAUGUUGUGCUGUUACAUUUCUCUGGCAUACUUAUGUUUGCAGCAUACCAGGGGCAAUGUCAAGGUCGAUUACCUUACCAUUUUUGGAACCUCAUGUCUGCAGCCUAAGGAAAAGUCCAAAAAACUGUGUAAUGGCAGCAAAAGAUCUACCAGAGAAAUAUUUUUUUCUUCAUUAAAUUCUAUGUGCUCCUUUAUU